AUGAAGCUCGCAGUCCUCUCCUUCAUCAUCAUCUCAUUCUUCCACUUCUCCCACUCCUCCCCACAAAAAUUCACCUCCAUUUUCAGCUUCGGCAACUCCCUCGCCGACACAGGCAACUUUCUCAUUUUAGGCGCCGCAGCCUACCCCUUCGUCGGUCAUCUCCCUUAUGGCAUUACCUACUUCCACCACCCCACCGGUCGUUUCUCCGACGGCCGUCUCGUCGUAGACUUCAUUGCUGAGUCCCAAGGUCUUCCACUUCUCCCAUCAUACUUGGCUUCACAUGAAAACUUCAGGCAAGGUGCAAACUUCGCCGUCGCUGGCGCGACAGCUUUGGAUCCUGCAUUUUUCCAGGAAAUAGGCGUCGGCCUCUGGACAAAUUAUUCCCUAAGCACCCAACUCCGAUGGUUCGAUGAGCUGAAACCUUCUCUUUGCAAAACUCCCCAAGAAUGCAGCGAAUACUUCAAGAAAUCACUCUUCCUGGUCGGAGAAAUAGGUGGAAAUGACUACAAUUUCCCCCUUGUGGCGGGUAAGAGUUUAGCGGAGGUAACUUCCUUUGUGCCCAAAGUGGUGCAGACUAUUGCAGAAGCCAUUGAGAGGUUGACAGAAAGAGGGGCUGUAAACCUGCUGGUGCCAGGGAACUUACCGAUAGGGUGCUUGCCAUUGUAUCUUACUCUGUUUGCCACGAUGGAGAAGGAGGAUUAUGAUGACCGGAAUUGGUGUUUGAUAAAGCUGAACAACCUUGCAAGGUAUCACAAUGAGCUUCUGAAAUCGGCCAUUAAGCAGCUGAGGAGAAAGCACCCGGAAGCAAGAAUCAUAUAUGCGGAUUACUACAGCGCGCUUUUGCAAUUUGUACAUUCACCACGCCAUUUUGGUUUUUACAGUGGGACCCAAAAAGCAUGUUGUGGAAGUGGGGGCCAAUAUAAUUUCAACCUAACGGCUCCUUGUGGAAGUGAAGGAUCCCAUGUAUGCAAAGACCCCUCGACUUACCUUAGUUGGGAUGGGCUUCACCUCACUGAAGCUGCCUAUCACCAUAUUGCUAAUGGCUUGUUGGAUGGCUCCUUCACUGAUCUCCCUCUUAUCAUUUGA